AUGAAUAAUUAAAAUAGCAUUAGAGAAAGGUUGCCUAGCACUAUUUAAGUUCAAACAAGCUAAAUAAAAUCAUAAUAAGAUGAUGAUGAUUUGGUAUGUCCUAUUUGCAGUUAUGUUAUAUGGGAACCUGUAGGUUGCGCAACUUGUAAGCUACAUGUUUGUCUAAAAUGUAUAUAAGAUUGGUAGAAUAAAGGAAAAACUACUUGCCCUAUUUCAGGAUGCAAAUAGUUUUAAGAUGAAAAGCCACAUCCAUACUUUUAUAAACAUUUAUCUAGCUUAAAAUUAAAUUGUUAAAACUAAGAAAAAGGAUGCUAGGAAACUAUUUUAUAUGAGCAAUAUCAAAAACAUUUAGAAAAGGAAUGCAUGUUUGUUGAAGUAAAUUGCCCUGACCAAGGAUGUGAGGUUGUUCUUUUAAAAAAAGACUUGGAAGAGCAUUUAAAAGUUUGUGAUUACUUUUUAGUAAAAUGCGAAUACUGCGAAAAUGAUUAUUUAAGGAAAGACAAAAAGGAUCAUGAAGAAUAUGUUUGCGAUAGUUUUCCUGUAAAAUGUGAUAAUGAGUAAUGCAAUGAAAUUGUUAAAAGAGCAGAACUUAAUAAACACUUGCUGAGUUGUUUAUAUAAGCUAGAUAUUUGCAAUUAUUGUUAAUAGGUAUACAAUUAGACAUAAAAACAUUUGCAUGAGCAGAAUUGCAAAGAACGUAAAUUAAAAUGUAAAGGAUGCAAGAUUGGAUUUAGGCAAUUAGAACUUAAAGAUCAUUAAAAAGAAUGUGAUUAAAUAAAAUUGAAAUGUAAACUAUGUCUAUAAGAAUUUCCUCAAUUCGAAUUUAAAGAUUUGCACAAUAAAGAAACGUGCAUGGAACAUACAAUAUUGAGUUUAUAAAAAGAAAACUCAAUACUCAAAGAACAAAACUAGUAGCUUAUGCAAUAGUAAAAAACAAUAUAAUCAAAAUUAGAUUAGAUAAUGAAUGUCAGUCUUUUAAAUAGAAACUCUUAAAGUGAAGUUUUAGAAUUAGAGUCUUUGAUAGAAGAAUGUUACUAAAAAAUUAUGUCAAUUUUAGAUUAGUAGUAAUUUCUAAGUCAUUAAAAGAAAAAGCAUAGUUGUUCAUUCACUGAUGUUCGUCUUGCUUUGAAGCACUUUGACUUUUUAAAUUAUUCUAGCAUUCUCUACAAUGGAUGGGGAAAGUUACACUGCUCUGAUUGUUUUAAUUAUGUAAAAAAAAUAGAACCUUUAAUAGCUCCCUUACUAGCAACUAUUUCUAAUUCAGAAAAUCAAAUUAAAAUUUCAAAAUAUUACCAAUUUAAUAAUAAAUAAAAUAAUGAAUGA